GUUUAGAGUUGCCUAUAAUUAUAUUCUUAUUUAUUAACCUAACUUAUGCAGUCAAAUGACAUAACCCUACAUUAACUUCCCCAGUCCAAAAUAAUAAACUCUUCGUAUAAUUUUGCAUUAAACAACAAUGUCGUUUCUAUCACGAAAAGGGUUUUUGGAUGUGGUAAGUGUGUGCACACAAGCAAAACGUUUCCGAGGUAAAAUUAAUAUUCAGAAACCUCAAGUACCACACUUUGAAAGAGCUAGAUUACUGGCAGUUACUAAACCAAUUGUGAUAAAGCAGAACAAGUCCAAUCAAAAGGAAACUGAAUUGUGCAUGAAAAAUGUCAGAUUUUUCAAUAAAACCUAUAUUGAGAACCCAUUACAAAACAUCUAUGCCAAUGAAACUCUGGAGAAGUUCCAAUCAUCUAAAAUGAUUGUAUUCUUUCAUAUGAAUCCAAUGAGUGCGGAAGAACAUUUUAAAGCAUAUGUAACAUUCAAUAAGCAGAACAUGUUAUACAAAAAUAUUGGCAAGAAAACAUUGGAUAUUGCAUUGAAAGGAACACCAUAUGAAGCUAUUUUGAAUUUCUAUAUGUGCCAUAAUAUGAUUGUGUUCAGUCCUGAAAUGCAGAUAAAAAAAUUAUUGAAGAUAUCAAAGAGAUUUCCUCAGCUGGUUGUUUUAGCUGGUGUAUUGGAUGGUCGAUUUGUCAGCAAAGACGAAUUAUUGUAUUACAGCAAUAUACCAAACAUACAGACAGCCCAGGCACAGUUAGUUCAUACACUGAACAGUAUUGGUGGAAACAUUGUUAGCCAGUUAAACUGCCAUCAACAAACUUUUGUUUCUCAACUAUCUGAAAGGAUAAAACAAUUGGAGGAAGAAAAAUAAAAUUCAUAUUUAAUUUAAAUAAAUAUAGUUUAAGUUU